UUGUUAGUUAUUUAGUAGAGCUAAACAUCUCUUUAUUUUCGCGAUAAGCAAUGAAGAUGAACAAAAAGUUGAAUCAAGCAACAACACUUUUGUGGGCCGAAGGCCCACCUUACCAGCCUUCCGCAGGAACUAGCUGAUGAGCCGCCCGGACGGCGGCGAACCACCACCUUACCAGCCUUCCGCAGGAACUAGCUGAUGAGCCGCCCGUAGGGCGGCGAACCAGCUAGUCUUAUAUAAGGACGGAACAUACCAAAAAAAAGCCUUAACCCUUUCAUCAAGAAAAACAAUUUCAUCAGGAAAAUACAUUUCUACAUUUUACCAUUCUUUCGUAAACAGCAGUUGGACAUUGGUAAGUUUCUUGAAUCUCCUCGUUUCCAAGAUCAAUUCAGAGAAAAAGAGCUUUUCUGAAAGGAUCAAUUUCAAGCAGAACUUUCACUUUGAUGCUUUUUUUGCAUUUGUGAUACCCCAAAUAUCUAAACAGUGCUUUCCUAUGAAACAACAUAAAAUAUAAAAAUAAAAAAACAAAAAAACCCCCACACACAACAAGGGCACUCUGAUUGCAAAAUGCGAGUUUAUUGCAAGAAAAACACUGCUCUGAUGCAUGAACUAUGCAUGAACGUUGAACUUGAUCCAUUUUCUCAUGACCACACUGCUUUUACACACCAUCUUGCCAACGCACGUGGAAACGCCAUCUUGAAUACACAAACACACACGCGGUGUGUGGACCAAGAUCUGAUCAAAGUCACCCCUGCCAGGUAGUGGUGAUUUAUCACACUGAAAUAAUUCCCAUAGUUUUGAUACUUACUGAGGAACCCUGCGAAGCCCUUCAUUAAAUGUAUUUGAUUUUAAAAAAAAACGCCAAAAAAGUAAUUUUACGUUUUAGUCUUUAAUCCUUGAGUAUGCACAAUAGUACAUAGUUUUUUGAAAAUCGGUAAAUGGGAUAAAAUGGCUACAUCUUUUUUCAAUCAUUUGUGACUUUGUGUGUCAUCACAGAAGCUGUCAAACGAGGUCCGAGGUCAAAGUCAAGCAAGUGUGUGACGUUCUGAUCGCCAACUCACUGCACCGCCUUGAAUUCCUCCUCUCAGGCUUUACAGUGAAUUUAACAUGUCGACCCUGCGCUUUGGACAACACAUCAUCAAGGCCUCUGCCGUGUUCUUGCAGACAGAAUUGUCCUUUGCACUGGUCAACAGGAAGCCCGUGGUGCCUGGACGUAUCCUUAACCACGAGGUGUGUGAGCAUGUCCAUGUCCAUGUGCUUCCCAGGAAGGCAGGCGACUUUGAACGCAACGAUAGUGUCUAUGAUGAGCUCCAAAAACAUGAUGGCCAAGAUGAGGAUGUGCCCUCAAAGUGGAGAACAGAGGAAGAGAUGGCAACAGAAGCCUCCAUCUUGAGAAAUCAAAUUGAGAACUCGUAGAGGGUAAAUCUGGAAACAUUUUUUUCCAUCCAUCAUUCCAUCAUCUACCGCUUAUCCGGGGCCGGGUCGCGGGGGCAACAGCUUUAGCAGGGAAGCCCAGACUUCCCUCUCCCUAGCUACUUCUUCCAGCUCUCCGUGGGGGAUCCCGAGUCGUUCCCAGGCAAGCUGGGUGACAUAGUCUCUCCAGCGUGUCCUGGGUCUUCCUCG